AUGGCGGUGAGAUGCAGGCUGAUAAUGUUCCGUCCAUUUGUUGGGGAGACAAUUGAUGCAAAACUUAAGGAUUAUGAUGAAAACAGUUUGCGUUUAUCUCUGGGAUUUUUUGAUGAUAUUUGUGUACCCUCUCAUCUCUUGCUUUUUCCAUCUCAUUAUCAGCCUGAUCCAGAAAAUGGGAAUAGACGGAGAUGGGUAUGGGAGUAUCAAGCUGAUGCUGAGAACCAAACAUCUGGUAGUACAUUUACAAGUGAUGAGAUAAGCGCGAAUGUUAGAUUUAAAGUUCAGAGCAUAAGUUAUCCUUCGAUUCCACUAGAGCAACCAAAUAAUUCGAAGCCAUUUACUCCUAUGGUGAUUACUGGUUCACUUGAUAAUGACGGUCUGGGCCCCAUUUCAUGGUGGGAGUGA